CGUAAAUCGUUCUACUUCUCUCAUCUCCGUCUUCUGCAACCCAACGCACGUCGGUCCUUCGUCACUCUUCAUUGCGCAGGAGCUCGGUCAGGCGAUUCGUACAGGUAAGACGUGUUUCUUCUUCGGAUCUUUUUGCUCAUUAUGAUUAUGAUUAUUAUUUUAGUUUCUUACUGAGAACAGAUUGAGCUGACAGAAUCUAGAACUAGGAUUUGGGAUUUGGAGUGAAAAAGUAACAGAAAGAUUAUGGCCGCCGAGAUAUGAAAAUUUACUUCGGAAUCUCUCACCGGGCAUCUUUCCUUCCUUACCGAAUGGUGGUGUUUGUUUGUAGGGUUUUGUUGUUGUUUGUUUAGAUGGAAGAAGCAGAGGAGGGCAAUGCAGCAGGGGAAACAAAGAAGAGCAGAGGAGGAGGAGGCUCUUGUAACCGCUGUAUGAUUAAUGAUGUUGGGGAAGAGUUGUUGACCGACAUUCUGAUACGUCUCCCUCUGGAUCAGAUCUACCGCUGCAAAUCCGUCUGCAAACACUGGCUGUCUCUCAUUCAAAGCCCUCUCUUUCGUGCUGACUACUCGAGGAAGAAGCAGAAGCAGAAUCAGAAUCAGAAGAAGAAGAAGCAGAGUAUUAAGCUGAGCUGCAUCGGCCUCCACCCGCACCCCCAGCAAAACUCACCGGUCCUGAUCGCGAAUAACGAAUACGACCACAACGAUGACGUGAGGAAGAGGCUCGAAUUCUCGCUUGAUUUCGUACCGGAUUUGCCACAAUUACACGGAGCCGACGUUUACAAUCAGAUCCUCCAACAAGCAGCUGAUGACAAGAAGAAUUACGCCAAGGAGAAGCAGAUGUAUUCAUGGCUAUCCGCUCAACGAGCCAUGCUCAAUGCAAUACCAGACGUCGAAAGUAAGAAGAAGCGGAUCCAGGAAAUACUCAAUUCACGACGGUGGCCUAAGAAGAAGCGUUACUACUCCAACAGGGACUUCAUUCUAGGUUCAUCCAAUGGCUUGCUCCUCUGCGCCCCACUGCUGUUCACGCCAAAGUACACGGGAUUCUUUAUGUACACCGACCCGGUGUUCGACGAUUUUCCAGCCAGUUAUGUGGUCUGCAACCCUUACACCAAGCAGUGGAUUCAAGUCCCGCCGCCGCCUCCCUCCUCCUCCAUUACGCCUCAUGCUGCUGCCAACGUCGGUUUUGUCUCCGAUUUCGAUUCGAUGGACCGAGGCGGUGGCUGUUGGUUUAAGAUCGCUCGUCUCCCCCUCGACUUGGAGUCUCUACGCGGACGCUCCUUCGAGCUGCAAGUCUUCUCGUCUCACUCCUGGGAGUGGACGACCCUUACAUCCCCGUCUCUCCCACGGCUCAGGACCGCUACAUUGCCCUCUCUCCCAUGGCCCAUUUGGGUGAACAAUUCAGAGCGGAUCGUUGUUGCAGUAACGUUGAAGAAGAAGAAGAAGAAUGGCGGCGGGCCUCGUCUGUGUUGGAUGGUCAACAGGUGCCGGGCGAUUGUAUAUGAUCCCAUCAAGAAUGUGGUUGAUGUUGUGAUUGGGGUGAUGCAGCAGCCACCGGAUCGUGGUCUGGUUCACGGGGUGGUGGUUUUCGACGCGAUGUGCGUUAGCAGAGGCUGCUUGUGGGCAGGGAGCCUUCGUUGUCAAACGGUGCUCAAGAUUUUUAGAGCAUCAGGGAAGAAAUGGGAGAUGGUGGAAGAGUUUGAUGUUCAGCAGGUUUGCAAACAGGGGGCAUUUACUUACACAUUCAUGACUAUGAAUCCCGACGAUCCACAGCAGGUGUACCUCAGAAAUUGGAAGUCGGUUUUCCUGUUGAACCUAAGGACCAAAACCUUGAAGGUGGUUGCAACUCUGGAGAACCUAACUAAUGGCUUGAUCGAAAGGUUGACAAUAGUCUGUGAAAACCCACUAUGGCCAACUCCACUUCCUUCUCCCAUCCUUUCCCCUUCUUCUUAAUGGCUCUUACUCUGCCCCUCCAAUUUGAGCAGUAAGUAAGUAAAUUCCUACAACUUUU